AUGGGGGUUUUUGAAUGGUUACUCAUCGCACUCAUUGCAUUCAGCGCGAAGGCUGAGGUACUGCCAAAAGAUGAACGGUGUGUAACCGCUGUCUACUCAGCAUACAACUACAUAUCCUUUGUUGGCUUACCGGCGAGGGGGAUGUGGGAUACCCGAUGCCAAAAUUCACUGAAAGUGACUUCCAUCUAUGCUGCAUCACAAAUACACUGUCACGAGAAAGAACUUGCAAUCGGCCUAGCGCAACUGGCAGCUUUAUGCCAAGAAUUUGGCCAUCUCGAACUACUUUCGAGAGACGUCGUCGCUGAGAAUUUGACCGAUGACAGGAUUCGUACCAUGCGCAUUGUUGAUUACCUACAACUAAAUCAAGGAGAAAAUGAAAACGAACCAAUCCUGAUCUCUUCCUCUUAUUUCAGUCUCAUACUCCGUUGCAAGGCUUGGCUUUUUACUGACUUGAAUUUUUCUCUCGCCAGGAUUCGUGGCAAUUUGAAAAUUGGUCACAUCAUGCAUUUGGGUAGGGCUCAGUGGAAAAUUAUUUACUUUGGUUAUGCUUAUUGGUGCAUUAUACUGGUCUUAGGGAUCUCAUACCGGCUAUGGCGUUGGAUUCUCUUCAAUCAUAGAGGUUAUCACGUAGGCCAUGGUAUAGAAUCCAAUAUUCAUCCUCUGAAUUGCACAUGGAUCGCUUUGCCGUGGCUAAGGCAUGCUUUCCAUUGGGUACAGACUCACCUGAUUAUCUCUCCUCCACUUGCCAAUCAAGGACGGAAAUUCAUCGGUCAUACAUUUUCCACUCGAGCAGAGGCACUUGUGGUGGCCGGAUUCUGGAUUAUCAGCAUCACCCUCAGCUUCGUGGGGUACCGAACUUUCCCAGGAAAUAUUUACUGGCCGGAUGUCACAAGUCAAAUUCUACGAUAUUCUGCAGACCGAACAGGGAUCAUGGCUUUUGCAAAUCUCCCCUUGCUAUGGCUGCUUGGUGGCCGUAAUAACAUUUUGAUUUGGGCAACUGGGUGGAGUUUCGCGACUUUCAACACAUUCCAUCGCCAUGUGGCCCGUAUAGCCACCUUACAAGCUGCAUCUGUCGUCAUAAUUUUGGUGCUGGUCACCUCUCUAGACCGCAUUCGCUUCGCAAAUUACGAAUUAUUUUUGGGUCACGAAUAUUGGAAGUAUCUGUGGCCUUCUGUUGCAGUUUGGUUGAUUGAUCGAGGAAUAAGGAUUGUUAGAAUAUUGUAUUGCAAUAUUCACGUCGGACUUUCCAGUCAGAAUAUGAUCCGUGUGACAAAGAGUCAGAUGACAUAUGAUGAAGCGGCAGACGUGAUUCGGUUAGAAGUGACUCCUGGCACCGAUUUACUUCGGCCUAGUCCGGGCGAUUAUUACUUUCUGUACCAACCAUUACGCUUGAUAGGAUGGGAAAAUCAUCCGUUCACGGUUGGUUCUUGGACAUAUCAGUUAGUUUCCAGGAGAACUUCAUCAGGUCUGUUCACUGCACAUGGCCAGUCCACGGAGGUUGAUCGGGUUCCCCUCCUUCCGGAGAUCUCUCAAAGACAUGAAACACAAAAUAUGACCGAGGAAACAUUCGAAGAUAUAAAAGUCUUAAACCUUAAAUUGGUCUUCUGGAUUCGGCCAUAUAAUGGUUGGACAGGGCAGUUACGACGACAAUGUUUGGGUUCCAAAGUCUCACCGGUCGAUACAACGAUUCUUUUGGAGGGUCCAUACGGACAUAACUUCCCUCUCUGGCAAUAUGAGUCGGUGUUGAUGAUUAUGGGGGGGACAGGAAUUGCAUCAGCCGUGCCAUAUCUUCAAGACCAUCUUCGGAGAUGUGCUAAAGGCCGAGAUGAGACAACAGGAGAAAAAAGUCGGACACGAGAUAUUGAGCUGGUAUGGACUGCCAAACAAUCAGCUUUCAUUCACAACGUCGCUCAGCGAGAACUCGAGCCUCUUCUUGGCCGGAAUGACUUUAGCGCCUCCUUCUAUACAACUCAACCCGAAAACGAGUCUUUCGAAGACUUACAUGAACUAGGGUACAUUAUCCAAACUGGAAGACCCCAUAUUCAGUCACUUAUUAUGAGUCGUGCUUGUGAUGCCUCGUCUGUCGGCGUAAAGCUGGCUAUUCUCGUCUGUGGACCCUCCGGAAUGGCUGAUGAGGCUCGUGCAGCGGCCUCUUCAGCUAUGCGACAAGGUUACCGGUCUAUCAAGUAUUUAGAAGAAUCAUUCGCAUGGUAG